CACACUUAUAGGGAAGGCAACUCAGUGGCGGACUCUUUGGCAAACGAAGGAGUGACUGAUAUGCAUACUUCAUUCUAUUCUUCUACAGAUCUCCUCCCAAUUUCUACAAAGCUACUCAUGCUUCAGGACUCUAUGCAACUAAGAGUCCUCAUAAAGAAAGUUACUUCCUCUCCUGGGAUUUUCUACGAUUAA